CAAUGAAGAGAAGAUGUCGAUAUUGAUUUUACCCCAUAAAGAGGUUGAUAUAAGGCAUAAAAAUCAUUGUUCGAUCAGGUGCAUAUCCUAUCACCUGACGUGCUCAUAACUUCGAUGAGCUGAAGCCCUCUCGAACAUCCGGAGUCUAGCAGAGUAUAACAUCGAGAUGCGGGCCACAGAAUCAACGAGCCAUCCAUAUGUCCUCAACACCUCCCGGGGCAGCCUGAAGGGCGUCGAACAUCGAACACCUUCCGGCCAAUCUGUUGUCUAUCGUUUCGCCAACGUCCCUUAUGCACUCCCACCCGUAGGCUCUCGACGAUGGCGGCGUCCAGUCCCAUUGCCGACGGACUUCACCUUCAACAAUGCCUCGGGUCAACCAGGCGACUACACCGCGUUCGGCCCAAUAUGCCCUCAACCGCACUAUAACCAUGGACUGGCAAUGAUCGAAAACCCCGAAGCUGCACCGCCAAUUGACAACACCCAAGACGAAGACUGUCUGUAUCUCAACAUCUGGGUUCCCGCAGCGCCUGCUCCAGAGGGAGGAUGGCCCGUCCAGUUUCAGAUCCACGGAGGAUGGCUCCAAGUUGGCAACGCCAUGCAAGACCACCAACACGACCCGUUCGACUUGAUCAAAGACACAACCCCCAGAGUUAUCGUCUCGCCGACUUAUCGACUAAACCUCUUCGGCUUCCUGGCCGGCGAAGAACUCGCCUCUCUGCACGAGGAGUCUGCACCCUCGAAUUUUGGUCUGUGGGAUCAGCGAUGCGCAUUGGAAUGGACGGCCAAGCACAUCAGCCUAUUCCAAGGCAAUCCCGACAACAUCACUGUUGGCGGCCUUUCGGCUGGCGCCAAUUCGACUUUCUUCCAGCUCAACUAUGACACCUUGCUGCCUGCCUCUCAGCAACUCGUCAAGCGAGUAUAUCUCUGGUCUAAUGCCGUUGCAAUCCAGCCGAACAAGACCACAGCCCCAAUCUUGACCUCGCAAUUCAACGAGCUAUGUACGGUUCUCGACAUACCCUCCUCCUUGACUCCAGCCGAGAAAUUGUCCCGUCUGCGCGCCAUUCCUUACAAAGACCUUGUCGUAGCGAACACCAAGAUGAAGAUGCACACUUUCCGCUCGAGUACCGACAAUGACUUCAUCCUUCCGACAUUCCUGUCCUCUCUACACAGCGGAUCAUUCACCACGCGCCUUGCCCAAAGCGGCAUAUCCGUCCUUCUCGGCGAAGUCAGCGACGAAAAGGAAUUGUACAAGCUGGUCAAUCCUCCAUCCGACUACUCAGGGCUCCUCCUGCAAUUGGCCAACUACUACCCCAAGCCUGUGCUCGAGGCGCUGCUGAAAGUGUACGAUCUACCGCCGCAAGAUUCGACCGACACAAAGGCCUGGGCGGAAGUGUUCAGCCAGAUGGUCGCAGACAACCAGGUGCAUUGCUCGUUACGUGGACUGGCCCAUAUCCUGCUCAACCCACCGUCGCACCCCGGCGUGACUGCGCUCCCGCAGAAUCGCGUACAUCGAUAUCGCAUCGCCUGGCGUGCCAAAGCUCUGGACAAUUGGGUUAAGCCUGAAGUCGGGGUGUGCCAUGGCGGCGACAUGCCCGUGUGGUGGGCCUCGGCGUGGCGCGCGGAUUUCUUGGAAGCGGACAAAGAUGCAGCGAAAAAGUUCCUCGAGCCGUUCGGCCAAUUUCUGCAUGGCGAGGAAGUGCAGUGGGGAUGUACAGGCGAAGACCGAGUGCGGCUACUCGACAAGGAUGGAGUGGUCAAGGAAAACACAAAGGACGGACUGUGGGAGCGAGGCAUGCAGGUCUUCAACGCGGUGUGGGAGGCACAGAAGAACACUGUUGAUAAGGACACUUCGCUGGAUAGUCGCUUGUGAGUUGGGCUGGUAGGCCCGACGUAUAUAUUGACACAGCCUUAUCUUGCGAUUCUGGAACAGUCAAAUAGAUAUGAGGUAAAAGUCUAUAAGUGCUGACGGUGCAAGAAUGAGCAACUCAGUCGCGGCGCACAGGCGGUCCAUACGACUGCCCAUACGUAUUCUGCGU